UGUUGUGAGUCACUUCCAUGCUCCAACUCUUUGGUAACCGACGUAUAAAACGCUUUUCGCGUGUACCUAACAACAGUCGAUCUCGAGCAGACUUUUACGUUCGCAGUAGAGAAAUCCGAAUAGCUACAAAAAGAAUUAUGGCCUCGCGCUUGUCACUGGCACUUCUUUUCCUCACGACACUCGCUGCCGUCUACGCAGCCAACGACUUGAUCGUCGGAUCCCACAUCCCUGGGGACCACUUGAUCCAACGGGAGAUAGCCCAGAGACCCUCGAAAUUCCUGCAAAUCGUCAAGCUAAAAAAGACGUACACAGGCAACAAUCGCAGCAACAUUACUCUAGUGCGACUUUUGGACCAGAAUAUGAAAGGAAACGGGGCGACGGCCAAUAUUUUGAACGGCGGUCCAGGACAUAAUUUCGUCACUGUUGAAUUCAAGAGCAUUCGCGGCCAUUCGAUACAUUUCAUCGUCGAGCUUUACGGAAGAUAAAAGUGGGUGAAAGAUGAACAAUUACGUCUUUAACGCAGUACUUAAUCUUGUUAAUUUGCGAGUAGGUGUGUUUUGCACAUUGAUGCAGAAAAAAGUGUAUUAGGAAAAGUUGAAAUCUUUGCACAGACUUGGGUACGAAUAAUUUUUUAAAUUAUUUUAAUUUAUAAUUUAUUGCUAAAAGCGUGUUGCGACAUUAGUGCAAAAAAAAAAUGAAUUCCAAGUACUACGUAUAACACAAUGCCUUACAAAUUUUUUUGCAACUUAAAGUGUAAUAAAAUUUUAAAGUAAAAACAAUAAAAUAUAAGAGUGAAAGUA